AUGGAACAGAAAAAAUCCCCAUCUCCAGCACCUCUACCAGGCUGGUCUAUGCCUUUAGCAGGAGCGAUUGGCGGUGUUGUUGAAAUACUGACCAUGUAUCCGACUGAUAUUGCAAAGACGAGAAUGCAGCUCGAAGCAGGCAAAAGCCAAGGGAUGGUGAAGAUGUUGUCGGAAAUCGCAAAGAGCGAAGGUUUCUCUAAAUUGUACAGAGGUCUCGCUGCUCCAUUGACCCUUGAAGCUCCGAAGAGAGCGGUAAAGUUCGCGGCGAAUGACUACUGGGGAAAGACUUACAAGUCUUUGGCUGGCGUUAGUGAGAUGACACAGGGUCUUUCUUUGGCUACCGGAUGCAGUGCGGGUGCUACCGAAUCAUUCGUCGUUACUCCAUUUGAGUUGAUUAAGAUUCGGUUGCAGGACAAGACAAGCACUUUCAAGGGUCCACUCGAUGUAAUCAAACAUACCGUCAAGAGCGAUGGUGUCUUGGGUAUGUACGCAGGCAUGGAAGCUACUUUCUGGAGACACUUCUGGUGGAACGGUGGUUACUUCGGUGUUAUCUUCCAAGUACGCUCUUUGCUUCCAAAGGCAGAAUCAAAUUCGGCGAACCUCUUCAACAAUUUUACGGCGGGUACAAUUGGUGGUCUGUGCGGCACAGUGCUCAACACUCCAUUCGACGUUGUUAAAAGUCGUAUACAGGGUACCGUGAAGGUACCUGGAGUAGUACCAAAAUACAAUUGGACAUAUCCAUCUCUAUUGCUGGUCGCUAGAGAAGAAGGUGUAAAGGCGUUGUUCAAAGGAUUCAUACCAAAGGCUACUAGAUUGGGACCAGGUGGUGGUAUUCUUCUCCUCGUUGUCGAUUUUACUAUCAAUCAAAUGCGUAAGAUUAUGGGUCCUCCUUAUGUCUAA